AGGGUCGCGGAGGGUGGCCUGGCGGCGGGGCACGGGCCCUUUAAGGAGGAGCGCGGGGCGCGGCCCAGGUAAGGGGCGGGUCCGCCCGGCGGAUCAGCGCUGCGCGCCGGCGCCGGCCCGGGAGCCGGAUUUGGAGUUCGCGGCGCCGGCGGGGCCGAACGGGGCGGCGCGGCGGAGCUUCCCGUGGCCUCGGACGCUCAUUUUUUUUCCGCGGCCACCGCUCCCCUCCGCCUGCGCCCCUGCCCCUUUGCCCCGGCCGGGGCCCGGCCGCCACUUCCGGCCGCUCACCUGGGGACGCGCUCACCUGCCUCCCGGCGCCUGGGCACCAGGAUGAAGGACCGGCUGGAGCAGCUGAAGGCAAAGCAGCUGACACAGGAUGAUGAUGCUGAUGAGGUCGAGAUUGCUGUUGACAACACAGCUUUCAUGGAUGAGUUCUUUUCUGAGAUUGAGGAAACUCGACUCAACAUUGACAAGAUCUCAGAGCAUGUGGAGGAAGCUAAGAAACUCUACAGCAUCAUUCUCUCUGCGCCCAUUCCAGAGCCAAAAACCAAGGAUGACCUGGAGCAGCUCACGACUGAGAUCAAGAAAAGGGCCAACAACGUCCGGAACAAACUGAAGAGCAUGGAGAGGCAUAUCGAAGAAGACGAGGUCCGGUCGUCAGCAGACCUUCGGAUUCGGAAAUCCCAGCACUCCGUCCUCUCCCGCAAGUUUGUGGAGGUGAUGACCAAAUACAACGAGGCGCAGGUGGACUUCCGUGAACGCAGCAAAGGGCGGAUCCAGCGGCAGCUGGAGAUCACUGGCAAGAAGACAACGGAUGAGGAGCUGGAGGAGAUGCUGGAGAGUGGGAACCCUGCCAUCUUCACCUCGGGGAUCAUCGACUCUCAGAUUUCCAAGCAAGCCCUCAGCGAGAUCGAGGGGCGGCACAAGGACAUUGUGAGGCUGGAGAGCAGCAUCAAGGAGCUUCACGACAUGUUCAUGGACAUUGCCAUGCUGGUGGAGAACCAGGGUGAGAUGUUAGAUAACAUAGAGUUGAAUGUCAUGCACACAGUGGACCACGUGGAGAAGGCUCGGGAGGAAACGAAAAGAGCCGUGAAGUACCAGGGUCAGGCCCGCAAGAAAUUGAUAAUUAUCAUUGUGGUAGUGGUUGUGUUGCUGGGCAUUUUAGCAUUGAUUAUCGGACUUUCUGUGGGGCUGAAGUGAGGGCGGCCUGCGAGGCUGCUGCACUGAAAUUUAUUUCUGAGCUUUCCUCUCCACCUUCUAGCCGUGUGGCUGAGUCUUCCUGCUCUUCACCAUCACCCUGGGCACUGACAGCUCCUCCUCCCCCGCCUCUUUUAGAGCCUGAUUUCACUCCAGCCUUGUGGGGCCACCCUUGUUGUCUUCAGUUGGGAACGGAGUGUGCAUGGCUUUCCUGAGAGAGAGAGUGGGACCCGUUCCUUUGUUUCCUUGUAACCAUCCUCGACCCAGCAGACCAUCUAGCCCUGGAGGAAUCUGAGCUACCGAUACAACCCUUCUCCUGCCCCACUGGCUCUGAAGCACCCUCUCCUGGACUAUAUGGACCAACCCAGCUUCUCUUUCUUCCCUCUGAUGUGUCAAAUCAUGCCUUGCACCUUGGAGAGCCUAUCUGGGACCUCCCCCAGGUGCUGAAUUUUCUACCUCAUGGAGUAUUCUUCUCCCCAGAAUUGCAAUUUUUUUUUUUUUUUUUUAAAGAGGAUAUCUUUAACAAAGCAAAAGGCUUCUUCCAAGUUGGGCACCAGUCAGGCUUGGUCCUGAGUCUUCUACCUGACAGGACCCCAGUCUUCACGACUUGUUGACCCUGUCCUGAAAAUAGGAGGGGCUGGCAGAUGUCGUUUUAGUCUUAGAAGCUUACUUGUUUGUAAUUAAGCUCUUACUGUGUUCAGCUAGAUGGCCAACUUCCAUCUCCACGUUGUAUGGCCGAAUGUUUACUCAAAGGGGCGCCACCGUCAUGAAGUCAUCUGACUUUACUGCUUAAAGGGCUGGGAAUAUUGUUUCCAUGUGUCCAUCUUGGGAACUGGCUGUUGACUGUUAGAAUGAUGCUUCGUGAAGGCAUCGCCUUGAGGCCCCAAAUAACCAGGCAUUUAACAUGAGUCCAGAGACAAGGUGCUUGAGUCUCAGGCUCUGGAAAUGUUUCUGACUGGUGCAAGUAAUUCAGUCAGUUCACGUGCUCCAAAUGGUACAUUUAUAAUUGUGUGUGUGAGACAUGUACACAUAUGCAUGUGUCUCUCAGGAAGUAGGAAACUGGCAAUAGAAGGUAUUAUAACCUAAACAAACUAAUUUGAGCUGAAAAAUAGGGAAGAGACAUUCACUUACCUGCCAAUGAAUGAGUAGAAGUAUGAUCUUCCCGCGUCACGGAGAAACCCACUGUUUUCUGCACGAGCUCUAGGAGAGUCAUAGGGGGCUGAGGUGAUCCCCUUUAGGUUUUUCUGCUUAGCAGACAGAAGGUGUGACAAUCUUGGCGGCUCUCCCCACGUGCUGCCUGGGUUUGGCUUGUCCUGAGAACAUCCCGCAGCAAUUUGCUGUCAUUCCUGUGACCUUUGGGAUGUCCUAUCUCCAGAACUGAGUCACCUGGGGGAGGCCCAGGACUACCCAGCAGCUCUACCAGGUUGAAGAGCUUGGCAGAUUCUUUGUUGCCACCCCUUCCCCACCUGCCCCCCCAUCACAGAGCAAACAACAGCCAGGAAACUUUCAAGUGUAGAGACUGCGCUCAGCUGGUGGUGAGCCCCUUAGAUUCCCAGCUGGUCUUGGCUAACCUCCCUGGUUUAUAUUUCCUAGGACAGGGCGAGCACCCCCGUCCAGGCCCGGCCCCUGGGCUUCCUUUACAGAGGCUCCUCACUCCCAUUCAUUGUCCAGCGUUCAGACAGAGCCAAGGGGACCCCCUCUGGCCCAUGGCUAUGAUGUCUGACCAGGGCCUGGCUCCAGGAAAGAGGGCAGACAAGCUCUACUCAUAGCCCUUUGCUCUCCGGAGAUCGAGGCCUGGGGCUUACAGUUUGGAAUACAACAAGUGAAGGGUUUUUUGUCAUUUGUAUUUUUUUUUUAAUGUAAACUUGAUUAUUUUAUUGCUAAUUUAAAAAUAAAUGACUUUAUAUUGAUUGUGAAACAGCUCUGGCUCCAUUUCCGGGUAAAACACUUAGUGACUGACUGCCACCCUAUGGUGGUAUUUGUUUAGGUUUCGGAAUUUUUUUUUUUUUUUUUUUAAACCAUAGGCUAACUCAGAUGGAUUAAACUUGUAAGUUUUGAAAAUGGUUUAAGAAUACAGAGUAGCAGUAUUUGAAUCUUAGGUUUCUAGUGCCCCCCUGCCGCUCCCCCAGCUCGGGUUUGCUCUCUUGAGAGUUUCUGGCCCCAGAGGGAACUCAGCCUGCUGUGAUGGUAUCUGGAGGGCAGAAGGACACACCAAGCACCUCUGAGAUCGCUGUUGAUCUGAUUUCCGAGUCUCUCACGGAGAAGUAACGUUUCCAUCAGCAUUCCGGGUUCCAGAAGCCAGAUCCAUCUCCCUUUCCCUCCACAUCCACUUCCACGCCCAGGCCCACCCCUGCCUCCCUUCCUGUGGAACGCUCUCUGCAGUGAUGUUGCUUCUCACGGGCUUUUUCUUUCCUUGUCUGGGUGAGCAGAAGAAGAUCAUGAUCAUGAUCUGCUGCGUGAUCCUUGCGAUCAUCUUAGCUUCCACCAUUGGGGGCAUAUUUGCCUGAAAAUAGAAGGUGAGCCGUCUGCGGGAGGGAGGGUCAGGCCUGUUUUCACUUCCUUGACUCCUCUGUCGCCAGGUGCCCUAAUCUGGGUGGGACUGGGUGUGGAAGUAGAUAAAGGUUCACAGAGAGAAAAAUGUGGUGAGUGAGUUGGUACUAGGUAGAUGGGGAGACAGAAGCCAGCAGUCUGUCCACAACUAGGUCUAAGAGCAGAAGGUUUAGCCCUGGAUGCUUGGUAUAAGGAUGUUGAUUUCCUGCGGUGACACCUGGGCCUUGGCACAUGGAGGAGAAAGAAUCCCUUAUUGCAUUAGGAUCACCCUGAGCUCUUUGAAGGAGGGCCACACAGUGAACCCAAAGUCAAUAAACUUCCCUUACAGGUUAGGCCAGCUGUUUCCAGCCUCAUGAGUGGUCCCUAACCCCUGUAGAAGGAGGGCUUUGUGCUCCUGGCCUGGCACAUGCUGCUGUAUAAUCUAUGACUUUUCCCCUCCGUUUCUGUUAUCCCUUCAGCCCUCACAGAUGGAUCCUCACCUGGCAUUUUUAACCCUUCUUCCACCUCUGUGGUGCCAUCAUUUCUCCACUGCAGAUUCCUCACCGGCUCUUCCUCUUUCCAUUAAGAAACCUCUUAUGACACAGAACCUCCACCAUCUACUGGCUAAAAGUUGUGCAAAGGGAGAUUCAUGAAACUGUGGAACGGGGGCAGGCAGGGGUGCAGGAACAGCACUGUGUGGCUGGUUAGGGAGAUGUUGGAGGACAAAGCAUAAUAGGUACUGUUUAGAGAAUAAGCUCAGAGCCCGCACUGCCCUCACGGCUGUGAGGCAGGUACUGAAGCGCACACACCCGUUCAUCAGCAGCAUCCGGGCACUAGUUCCUUCUGCUCAUCUAGGUCUCACCUUAGACCAACCCCCCAUCUCCUUUCUUCUUCAGUGUCUGUUAGGCUCUAAGGCAGAGUGUCCAGUGAGGCCCCCUGCCCCGUGCUUAGCACAGUGCCUGCCACUUCCAGCUGCUCAAGGAUCUGUCAACUCACUUACCUGUAAUUAAGCUCUGCUUUCUAUGGAUGAGUCAUUGGAUUUGACUCUGAAACCCUUUAAGGCAUCAACAGAAAAGGAUCUGUUAGUAGGAGGUGGCAUAAAAAGGCCUGGGGAGGGGUUGAUCCAUCUAUGCAAAAAGACACAGGCCCCCCCAUUACUACUGCAUCCACUUGAAGUCCUUUUUCUACGGGAGGCGGGAGAGAGUUCUGUCUCCAGCCUCUUGCUCUGCAGAGAUGGGCUGCCCCAGGACUGUGGUUCAGUAACUAAAUGUGGACCCCAAACAAAACUGGCUUAUGCUGUGGCUGAACACACCCAACAGUCAUCAGUACCAAGCUGUAAGGACCCCAACCAGAAGAGGUGAUGACAUUCGGUUAGAAGGUGAAAUAAUGCAGUCACUUGCUUCACUUUUGGUUUUUGCUAUCAGCUGAAACUGACUUUGUUGACCAGUAACAUGUACAAGAAACUGUUGCAAACACUGUCCCCAUUUCAAGGUCAGAUGUGUUCUAAUGCAAUUUAGUGAUUAGUUUUAUUACAAGAGGUUCACUAAGAUACAUUAAAAAUCACAGUGUACAGUUCUUGAGGACCACACAGUGGCAUAAACUUGGUCCUUUUGGUAAAUUACUUUGCCAGAGAUCUUACUUUUUAAGAAAGUGGGAUAGGACACCCUGACAUUUUAGUCAGUGCCCUGUUUUCUACCCACUUUCAAAGCAAAUCAUGUACUAUUUCUGUCUGUAGUUCCUUUAGUUUGAAUACAGGAUAGAAGCCACUGCUGGCGAGCACUGAAAAGCAGCUUGCUUUUGAAAAAAGCCAACAGGGAGCAGGACCCAUGGGGCUUGACUCACACGGGGCCCUUGUUCAUUUGGCAGUAAGGGCCUGAGUGCGCGUGGCGCCUGUGCUGUGCUAAGACCUUCAGGGACAAAGACAGAGCCAAACACUCCCCGCCCUCAGGAUGUCAGGCCUAGGAAAGACCACACAAUUCUGCUGUUGUUUUUAUCAGUUCCUUUUGCUAAAAGGGAAUGGUGUGUUCCUUGCCAUACUGUCCAACAACCCCCCCUUCCAAGACUGGGAGAAGAUGGGUCACUGGGCAUAAAUAAAUAUGUGGAAUUAAC